CGCGCGUACCCGUAGUGAGAGUACCGGAGUCGAUCGGCAGAAGCGCACUCGAGACUCUUCGUACAUCAGGACAUCGCUGCUGUUGCCGUUGCAGUUUGCACCGCGCGUUGUCCUCUCGCGAAAGCCUCGAUCGAUACACCUCUCUCUCUCUCUCUCUCUCUCUCUCGCUCGUUCUCUCUCUCUCUCUCUCUCUCUCUCUCUCUCUCUCUCUCUCUCCCGCUCUGCCUGCCUGCCUGCCCUCACGGACUCCGAGAUCAAACGACGCGAUCUUGAACGGCGACCCGAGCAGCCCAGGGUUUCAGUAUGACUCUGGCAAUCAAGGUCCUGUAUCUCGUCCUAGGCUGCGCCCUGCUCGCCGCGGCCAUGCCGGCCGAGCCCGACGUGGAACAAACCGGCAGAUCGCGCGUCUCCGACGAACAACUGAACAUGGCCCUGAGCGACAAGCGUUACUUGGCCAGACAGCUCAAGUGCGCCCUGGGAGAGGCGCCGUGCGACCCGGUCGGGCGUCGUCUGAAAAGUUUAGCGCCGCUGGUUCUGAGAGGCUCCUGCCCGCAAUGCAGCAACGAGGAGACACGUCAGAUCAAGAAGGUCCUUUCUCACAUUCAGCGAUCCUUCCCGAAGGAGUGGAACAGGAUAGUGCAACAAUACGCCGGAGUUCCGUAAGCGAGAUGUGAUAUAAGCGAACCGACCACGACGGGGCUGGAUGUACAAAGUGUAGUAACAGAAUACGAGGACACACAUAAUGGAUGUCAUCUACGAGCGUAUAACACCGAUCACACUCGUUCACUCGAUAUUAUCGUUAACGACCGCACGGAGGGGCGUGGCGCAGCCCAAGGAGACGGAUAUUUAAAUUGUGUCGCAUGCACACACGUCGCGUACAAAUCGUGGAAAUCUGUCCUUUUGGCGCGUAGCAUCAAAUUAUCGAUGCCGCUCUCUCACGUCGCAUAGCGUUGAAUUAUACAUCUGUUGAAAAAAUAUAUUCUAUUACUUUAAUAAACAUUUUAUUCUCGUAUCGCGUCAAAGUAACGUCAUCCCCCAAAAUAAUUUCCCCUACUGUAAAUAGAUUUUAUAAACAUUCGGGCAAAUGAUUAACGACUCGCCUAUAAUAAGGGACCGGCUAUAUAACGCUAACGCUCGUUCUAUAUAAUUAGCAC